AUGGAGAAGUGUUUAUACAAACAUCGAAAGGACUGGGAGGCCUCUGGCCAACAUGAUUGGUAUAUGAUGCGCGAUUACAGUUUCAACGAGGGCCCUCGCGAACCAAAGUACCUGCCGUUCUAUGGAGAUUAUUAUCUUGAGCAUCAGAAGCCUUAUAAGCGACCAGAUCCAUUCGACACAGCGCACCAGUGUGGAGACGACAAGAGCGAAACGACGGGGCCUGACGAAUAUGAUCAAACAAUCGACUGGGAUAGCCGGCGUCAAAGACUGCGAAAGGGGUUCGAGUGGGAGAUGGAUCGACUAUACUUGAUAGAAGAAAUUGGAAUCCGUCAGCGCGCCGAGAAAGAAAAGCAGAAGAAUCAGGAAAAAGCAGACGCCGAAGCUGCUCGGAAAAGCAAGGAAGCUGCAAACCCCACUGCCUUCGAGCCUCAGAUCAAACGGAUGGAUUGGUAUGCCUUCAGGCGCAUUCCUUCAUUGAAAGUUAAGCCCAGCACGAUCGACAUAUUGAUGGGGGAGCCGCUUGUAGACACAAUGUCAUAUGGCUCCUGGUUUGGCUAUUCCAGUGUUACGUCCAGGAAACCGAAGAGAGCGCCGACAAAUGUGCCUACAACGGCCAGGAAUCCCGAAGAAUCACCGCUACCGGAGAGAAUUCGGGUUCAUUCCGGUACUCUCCUGAAAAUCAUGGCCAAAAUCUUAGGGUCGGAUGGGAGCUCUCUUGAGGGUUUGAAUGAGACACCUGUUGUGUUUCUGCGCCCAUUCAAAGCCUUGGUAUACUGUGAAGAGCAGCUUCGAAGAGGUUGCACAGAGCUAGAGAAGAAGUUCACCGUCUCUUCCGAUGCUCUUGUUGCGGACUCCACAGUGACUGAGGUUUUGAAUGAACAGAAUUCCAACGUCACUGAGCCCGAACAAAAGAAUAAACCCUCCUUGCCUCCCAAAACCGCCGUCGAAGAGGCAGAAGAAGACGAUGACGAAGAUUAUGAAGACGAGAAUGAGAAAGAUCAAAAGGUAGACGAAGAUACCGGCUCUCUCACCGCACUCAAGCAUCUGCGCUGCCUUCUUCAAUUCCUAGACGAAGACAUCAAGCCAAAAAGAGACUAUUUGCUGCGGUCCGAGGGCCGGAAGGUUUUCUUCUCUGAUCUUUGGUAUGUCUUUAGACCAGGAAUGGAAGUGAUCAGCAGUGAUGGGAAGCAAGCCUAUCGUAUCAUCCAGGUCAAAAGCGCUCGACACCGUGUCAUACCUCAAUGGAAGCGGUUCCAUCAGUCCAGCGGCGACGACAAAGAAGGAAAGAAGCCAGAGGCUCCCUUCAGUCUCCAUUGCGUGUACAUUGAUUUUGAUGGGAAGAAUCUAGGGCCCGUCUCCAAAGUCUUUGAGUUCAAGAGAUUCGAGGGCCAACAAGACAUUACUUCUCUGGAAGUGUAUCCUCUCAAACUCUAUCAAGCGACGCAAGCACACUUCAGCGACGAAGAAUGGAAGAAUGUUGACACCUUACCGCCAUCAGCCCGCAGUGAAAGCUAUCGUCAAAAGCUGAUCGAACGGGGGCGGAAGUUCCUUGACGUGGUCGGGGUCAAGCACAUGUACUACGCCGGUCCAACGUUGGGGGUUCGCGAUGAAGUCGAGAGUCAGGUUGUCAUUGACUUCGAGACUGCGUUCACUGUUGAAGACGAGGAGCAGGUCAAAUGGAAGCCCACGCUGGAAUUGCUUGUCGGCCGAGCUGCUGAAGAGCCCGACGAGGAAGAUAGAAAUUGUUCCGCCAAUUGUUGCCGAGCAGAUCAAGUGCACGACGAUAGCUACGUUGACAUGAAACAAAGAACCGACUAUAUCGACAGUCUUCUGCCCAAGGAAAAUGAGGCAGAGAAGCCGUUGCUUUCUAUCAUCCCCCGCCCCCUCAAGGAACUUCGGGGCGGUGCAAGCAAAAGCUUCAUUAUCUCGGAGGACGAGAUGGCCAUCAUGUCGUACCGUGUCUUUGGAUUUGUGCUUCGCACGAGAAAAUGGGCCAAGCUGGACUUGUCGUACUUGUCCAAUGUUCAACAGUCAGAGGCUCGUGUUUCUGGUGAAAAGGAGUCAAAAUCGAAUGGAAAUGACCAUGAUUCAAAGACUGCUUUCGAACGCCUCGUUCUAGAACCAAAACACAAGGAUAUGAUUGUGUCUCUUGUUUCUCAGCAUUUCCGCGACAAGGACUCAACGACCAACCAACGAGAACAAUUUGAUAUUGUCCGAGGCAAAGGAAAGGGUCUGAUCAUUCUACUUCACGGCGAACCUGGUGUGGGAAAGACAUCGACGGCUGAGGGUGUUGCAGAACAGUUCCGGAAGCCUCUAUUCCAGAUCACUUGCGGCGACUUAGGAACCACAUCCAAGGAAGUCGAGAAAGCUCUCGAAACAACAUUUGCUCUUGCCAAUCGAUGGGAUUGUAUUCUUCUUCUUGAUGAGGCUGACGUAUUCCUCUCUCGGCGAACAAAAGAAGACUUCCAGCGAAAUGGACUGGUAGCCGUAUUCCUCCGAGUGAUGGAGUACUACGCUGGAAUUCUCUUCCUCACCACCAAUCGUGUUGGAGACUUUGAUGAGGCCUUCACAUCACGAAUCCAUGUCAGUCUCUGGUAUAAACCCCUAGACGACGUGAAGACGGCCAACAUCUUCAAACUCAACCUAGAGCUUAUCAAAGAGCGCUUCAUUCGUAAAGGUCGCAAGAUUGCGAUUGAAGAAGUCGAAAUAGCUGUCUUCGCCUUGAAACACUUCAAUGAACACAAAAGCGCACGCUGGAAUGGUCGACAGAUUCGCAACGCAUGUCAGACCGCACUAGCGCUGGCUGAAUAUGAUUCUCAAGAACUGAGCCAGACAUCAACCGAGAAUCCAGAUGUGACUGUGAAGCUGAGUGUGUCACACUUCGAAGUCGUCCGUGAUGCCUAUGUCGAGUUCACCAGUUAUAUCGACGAACUAUAUGGCACGGACGCAUCCAAGCGUGCCCACGAAGAAAGGCUACGCACUGCUAGGUCUGGCGAUCCGUCUCAUCAUUUCUCCAGCCAUAGCGGAUCGGACUUUGCGCAGAUGAGCCGUGGACAAAUGCCAGGGCAUGCCCACCAGCCUUCUCAGUUCUCAAACCCGGACUUCCAAACAAUGAGCAGGCCUGGGAUGACAUCUCAGCUCCAGAAUUACCAGUAUUCGGGGUAUUCGAACCCUGGCCCAUCAAUGUAUUCGGGAUAUGCGCAGCCACCGACACAAGAGCGGCCCAAUUUGACUGAUGAUUGGAGCUCGCGCGGCCCUAAUAUCCCUGUUGCGGCAGCUGAACCUCUAGAUGCUGCCCGGUAUCAGUCCAGCCCACGAGCGCAAGCACAAACUCAGCGGCCAUUGACUCCCGACUCGCGAUCUCGGGUUGUCCAUGGCGUUGAGGCCAUGUAUGAGGGUGCUAUAUCGCAAGGCCAUGCGCACGAGUCACCGCGGGCGUUCGCUCCGUAUUCAAGGGGGUAUGGGCCAUAG